GGAGGCAAAUAUGACUCACAGCUCGGUAAAGUGGUCAUUGAGUUGGUAUCCAGGAUCAGAGCUAGAGAGUUCUUCGAAGCCUUGACCAAAGCUAAACAUAUUUACGAGUUGGAUAUCACAUUCGAUCGCUAUUGGGAUUGGACCAAGACUGAUCUGGAAGCACUGAAGAAUGCACUGAGAGUAUCGAGUGUAUCGAUCCUUCGACUUGAUCUUGGAUCGUGCCGAGAAAGCAUAACCAGAGAAGAGCUUUCAGCAUACACACGACAUGAAAAGCUAGUAGACAUCAUAGAACUUAACAAUAUGAAAACGAUUCAUGUUGUACUUCCUCCGGAAGUCAAACGUCUUUCCAAUCUACAAAGCGCAAAAUCAUCACACCUUCACAAGUUAUCCUUUGGGAUGAGGCCUCGAAAGAUGAGAGCUAAUGAAUUUCGACUGCUUAUGAAUUCACUCAAGGCUUUGGUCGCCUUGGACUUGCACUUCAACUCAAUUGGGAAAGAAGGAGCUCAGGCACUGUCAGGGGCACUCGAGACAAACACCAGUUUAACCGAUUUGGACUUGACGAACAACUCAAUUGGGAAAGAAGGAGCUCUGGCGCUGUCAGAGUCACUCAAGACAAACACCAGUCUGACCAAUUUGAACUUGAAUGUCAACUCAAUUGGGGAUGAAGGAGCUCUGGCACUGUCAGAGGCACUCAAGACAAACACCAAUCUGACCGAUUUGAACUUAUACAAUAACUCAAUUGGAGAUGAAGGAGCUCAGGGACUGUCAGAAGCACUCAAGUCAAACACCAGUCUGACCAAUUUGAACUUGAUGGUCAACUCAAUUGGGAAAGAAGGAGCUCUGGCGCUGUCAGAGGCACUCAUGACCAACACCAGUCUGACCGAUUUGGACUUGUGGGGCAACUCAAUUGGGGAUGAAGGAGCUCUGGCACUGUCAGAGGCACUCAAGACAAACACCAGUCUGACCAAUUUGAACUUAUACAAUAACUCAAUUGGAGAUGAAGGAGCUCUGGCACUGUCAGAGGCACUCAAGUCAAACACCAGUCUGAUCAAUUUGGACUUGCAGGGCAAUUCCAUUGGGGAUGAAGGAGCUCUGGCGCUGUCAGAGGCGUCCAAGAAAAACAAGACCUUGUGGUUUUCUGUAUGAGAAACGCCUUAAUCGAUAAGCAAAGAAUUCUGGUGCUAUCAAAGCCGCCUAAUGUUGGCUAGCCGACGUUGAAGCGUUGGCUGGUUUAGUUGACUGGUUUGAUCAUUGAAGUAGUGGUGGGGUAUCUAGGCUAGAUAGUAACGGAUAAUAGUUUGAUUUGAAUUUAACUGCUG